GGUUUGCGUCUUAGACGCCGGCAGCCCGGAAGUUGACGUGCGGGUUGCACAUGGCCGCGCCCUGGGAGGAUGCCGCUGGUAGUGUUUUGCGGGCUGCCGUACUGCGGCAAGAGCCGACGCGCAGAGGAGCUCCGCGGGGCGCUGGCGGCCGAGGGCCACGCGGUGUACGUGGUGGACGACGCGGCGGUGCUGGGGGCGGAGGACCCGACAGUGUACGGCGAUUCGGCCCGCGAGAAGGCGCUGCGGGGGGCCCUGCGCGCUGCCGUGGAGCGGCGCCUGAGUCGUCACGAGGUGGUCAUCCUUGACUCCAUUAACUACAUUAAGGGCUUCCGCUACGAGCUCUACUGCCUGGCGCGGGCGGCGCGCACCCCGCUCUGCCUGGUGUACUGCGUGCGGCCUGGCAGUCCGAGCGGCGGACCGCGGGUGGCGGCUGCGGACGAGAAGCAGAGCCGGAACGUCAGUGUGAGUUGGCGGCCGCGCGCCCAAGAGGGAGGGGGACCUCCGGCAGCGGGCGCCCGCGUCCUUAGGGAAGCGCAAGCAGUGGACUCGGUAGUAAAUGGGGGAACCCAGGCACACCUACUUACGGAACUGGAGCCGAAGGAAACCGGGACGCCAGAUCUCCCAGCUUCCGUGAUCCCUGAUUUCGAGAAAGCGGCAAACCAUGUGUCCAGGGCCUUGUACCCUCCCGAACUUCUAGAGGCCCUAAUGCUGCGCUUCGAGGCUCCCGACUCGCGGAACCGCUGGGACAGACCCCUGUUCACCUUGGUGGGCUUAGAGGAGCCGUUGCCCCUCGCAGAGAUCCGGGCUGCCCUUUUUGAGAACCGUGCUCCUCCACCCCAUCAGUCUACCCAGUCCCAGCCCCUUGCCUCGGGCAGCUUUCUGCACCAGCUGGAUCAGGUCACCAGCCAGGUGUUGGCGGGACUGAUGGAAGCGCAGAAGAGCGCAGUCCCCGGAGACUUGCUUAGGCUUCCUGGGACCACGGAACACCUUCAGUUUACCCGGCCUUUGUCCAUGGCCGAACUGAGCCGCCUCCGACGCCAGUUUAUUUCCUACACCAAAACGCAUCCCAAUAAUGAGAACCUGCCUCAGUUGGCCAGCAUGUUUCUGCAGUAUCUGAACCAGAGCCUGCUCUAACCAGAGGUGUUUGGGGACUGGCCGUGGCUCCUUGUGUAACCUCUACUGCCCUGUAUUUCUCUGAGAAGAAUAAUCUGAAGGUCUGCAGAGCAUACUGAUGUGCGGUACUAGAGCUGUUAUGACUGACUCACACUUUGCAGAAUGCCCCUGUGCCAGGCCUUGAGUUUAGACUCAGAGCAUACUCUGAGACUAGAAAAACUGGGGAACUAGCUUGAAGGAUCUUGGCAAAUUUCCUCAGAGGACAGAGCUCAGAUGGACAGGGCCCGCUUAGAUUGGGAUCUACUUGGGAUAUCACACUGCAUUGACUUCCCCCAGCUGAACUGUGGGAAAGCAGCCUGGAUGGAUGAAUUGUUUUAAAAACACUUGUGAACAGAAACUUAAGAUGGCACAGUUCUGCAUCUGCACUGGCCCUUCUUUCAUACCACAAAUAGUUUUUUUAGUACUGUACCUAAGAUGUUUGCUAGUCUAUCCCGGGUCUGGGGGUCACAGAUAAAUCCACUGGUUUCUGUCCUUGGGAAGCUAGAUCAUUUCAUUUAAUAAAACCUUUUAGAAAGAGUCGGCUGGAAUCGCUUUCACUUAAUGUAACUUAAUGUUCUUCAUAUAAUUAAUAUAACAUUUUAGAUCUACAUACAGGGGUGGGCAAAAGUAGGUCUACAGUUGUGAGUACAUGAAAGUUUAUUCUUGUAUUAUUUUCCAUACAAACAACUGUAAACCUACUUUUGCCAACUCAUAUUUCUGCUGUGCCUUUGAAAUAGUACGUCAAUAGUGCGUAUUGAGAUAUUUUGUUUUAAUCUAGAGGGAUUGUCACUUCUGUAAUUUGUGCUUCACUCUGUGUUCUGAGGCAAAUGUCGCUUUAAGUUUGUCUUUCAUUCUUCCGUUGGUUAUUUAUUAAACAAACGAUAGGUACCUGUC